AUGAAUCAUGGUUGGGCCAAGGUGAGGGAGGAAAUCAAUAAUUUCUCCUUUCUCGGUGGCCUGGAAGUGGACUUAAUAAACCCGAGCUGUCUGACUGACGAAGUUCGCCAGUUAAUUGACCAGGAUUUCGCCUUCUGGAUGGAAUCGAUAACUGCAAGGAAUCUUGUAGGAGUCGUACAACGAAGAAGAUUUAAACGGAAACCAGGUCAAGGCCAAAGGGUAUCGACACGAGACACAGGGGCAAUCGCUGUCACACCCGGAGGCCCUGUUAGAAGUAGCAAUAGAGGAAGUGGGAGACCGCGGACAGGGCUGGCACAAAGGAAGAGAAACGCUUUGUAUAAAACGAUGCAGGAUUUGUUUCGUAAAAACAAAGCCUGGUGUGCACAAGAGGUGUUGAGUGGUAGUUGGGAUCAGCCUUAG